AUGCCCUCCACUGCUCCAGUCCCCAUCACGCCCAGCGCUGGCACUAGCGUGUCGGCCAGCACGGCCAGCUCCUCCCCGUCCGCCGAGUGCGAGAGCCAGACAGAGUACUCGCGUACACCCACUACAAAUUCGAGGCAAUAUCUGGCAUCGGCACCGCAUCUCGACGCUCUUGACGGCAUCGCUGCUGGCACAGCUACGACUGCAGCCAUUGCCAAGAACAAUGCCUCCAACCGACCUUGGAUCGUGCAAAAGUACGGCGGCACCUCGGUAGGCAAAUUCUUGCCUACCAUAUCUCGCACCAUUGCGCCCGAAUUUCUCCGACGCAAUAGGCUGGCUAUCGUCUGCAGCGCUAGGUCGACGGGCACGAAAGCUGGAGGAACGACGAGCUUGCUUUUGGCAGCUGCCGAACAAGCGCUGAGUGCCGAGGACGAUACUCCUGAAGCCAGCUUGUCCAGCUCAGUCGCCAGCUUGAGCUCAGCGAGAGACGGCAGAGCGAGCUUGAGCAGAAACUCGUCCAAAACGGGUGUGCGCACACCUGCCGACUUGCAAGGCGUCACUGCCGGCUUGCAGGCCACGUCUCUGGAAACGUUAUCACAAGCGACGCAGAGCUCGAGCGACAAGACUGUGGAUCGCAUCAUGAGGGAGCACAUCGACGCGGCGAGAUUGAUAGUGACGAAGGAUGCGGCAGCGUUGGAGCAACUGGAGCUGGACAUACAAGACGACUGCGAAAGGUUGCGGGAUCUGCUGUUGGCCGCAAAGGUGAGCGAUGUGCGGAGUGGUGCAUCGGCCGGAUAAAUGCACCGCUGAACCACCCUUUCACUCACUCGCCUGGUCACUCGAUCGCUCGCCUCGCUGUAUGGCGCUCACGCUCACGCCAGAUCAUCGAGGAAGUCUCGCCAAGGUCGAAGGAUAUGAUCCUCUCCGUCGGCGAGAGGCUUUCAUGCAGACUGAUGGUCGGAGCUCUCGGCGAUGCUGGCGUGCCCGCCGAGCUCAUCGGUCUUGAAACCAUCAUCGACGCCGCUUUUCUGGAGGAGCUGUCGCAGCGAGGCACUGGUACAUCUGUCCAAGCGGAGGGCGCCCUGGAGCAGAGCUUCUACGAGCUGCUGGCCGCAAGGAUCGGGGAGCGCGUGAGCCAAGCGAAUGCCACGCCGGUCAUCACUGGUGAGCGCUGCACAGGAUCUCUGCUUGCUGUUGCAUCGCAGCGAGAUUUCAAAUGCUCACGACCCUCUCUGCCGCUAUCCUUCAUCAGGCUACUUUGGCAAUGUUCCCGGCUCGCUCCUUUCUCAGGUCGGGCGAGGCUACACAGACCUGUGUGCUGCUCUGUGCGCCGUGGGUCUGGCAGCUGAAGAGCUCCAGAUAUGGAAAGAGGUGGACGGCGUCUUUACAGCAGACCCUCGAAAAGUGCCCACUGCUCGCUUGAUACCUGCCAUCACGCCCGAGGAAGCAUCGGAGCUGACGUACUACGGUAGCGAGGUCAUACAUCCAUUCACGAUGGAGCAAGCAAUAAAGCGUCGAGUGCCCAUCAGGAUCAAGAACGUGGAGAAUCCAACGGGCCUUGGCACCGUCAUAUUUCCCGCCCAGGAGAUUGUCCCUGGGUCCGGCGAUGGCACGAAGCUGAAGCAGCCAGAGACUCCAAGCGCCAGUGGAAGCAGUACGCCAUGGGGCGUGUCGCCUGAUGGCGCACCGUUCAAUGUGCUGGUGCCAGCGGCUACGCCGGCAGCUCGGAAAUUGCCGACUGCGGUGACUAUCAAGGAUGACGUCUGGGUGCUAAAUGUGCACUCAAAUAGGAAGACGCUCUCGCAUGGCUUUUUUGCGCGUAUAUUCUCAACGCUGGACAAGCACGGCAUCGUCGUGGACCUGAUCUCCACGUCUGAAGUCCACGUAUCGAUGGCUUUGGCAUCUGGACAACCUGGCCUCAAACGGCCCCGAGCUCUAGACCGAGUCAAGUCGGAGCUUGCAAGCUUGGGGACCGUGAGCGUGUUAAGGGAGAUGGCUAUUCUGAGUCUGGUCGGAACGCAGAUGAGGCACAUGGUGGGCGUGGCUGGCAAAAUGUUCAGCACGCUAGCGGAAGGCAACAUCAACAUUGAAAUGAUCUCGCAAGGAGCGAACGAGAUCAACAUUUCGUGUGUCAUCCAUCAGAAGAGCGCACUCAAAGCUCUGAACCUGAUUCACUACUCUGUAAGUCAAAAUGGUCCGUCUCGAGCUUGGCCUCCGAGCAUGUCCAUCAUCCUCAGCGCCAGCUGAUAUAUCUCGUGCCCAUUCACAGGUCCUCGAGGUCAGUCCCACGCCCAACAAUAGAGAGAGCGGCACUUUUGGCAGGAGCUUCUUCUGAGAAUACUUGUCGCCAGUGUUGCCUGAAGGAACACUACGCUGGCAGUACUAUGAGCGCCGUCGUAGAUGCCAGAGUAGUCCGGUUUCACAAGUCCUUCGUCGGUCACAGCAUAUGUAUGAAUUUUGAGUAGCGUCACGCCCUUCUCGACGUGCGCACCAUCAAACCAUGGAUCCCUUUGCAAUGUCGACUUCUGCGACGUUUGGGAGCGAAUCUGGCUAAAGAAGUUCGUCAGGAGGAACGGACGGGAAUGAUGGGGCUUUGCAACGCGCUGACGCCACCGCGUGGCCAGGCCAUUGUACUUUCUCCUUUCUUGCGCCUUGAGCGAGGCAGCACCAUGACUGCCUCGCUGCCGUGCUCGUCACGAUUUGCGUUGUGCAGUCGCCCCUGACGAUGUCACGAGCGUCGAUUGUGCCUGCUGGGAGAGGUGUGCGCUCCAAUUCAUGAUUGUAUACAUGACUUCUGAUUGACUGCACCUACCGCACAUUCCCGCAUCGCAAUCAAGAGCAGUUUGAGUUUGAGUCUUGAGUCGUGAGUACACGCAGAGUCCAGAGUCAUGCGUGUACUCACGUGACUGUCGACCGUAGCCCGGUUAUCGCGGUGGGGUGAGUCAAGAGUCUUGAGUCUGACGAGUCUCAUCAGCAUCAGCAUCAGCAUCAGCAUAUGCAAGCGGGGAGCUAGGGUGCGGACCGUCGAGCUGCUGCCGUGCAUGUGCAAGUAUCGGUAUACGAUGAUUGCGAUGUGGCGCCGAGGGCGUGCGCGUCCUGCCUUAUCGAUCGCGUGUUAGCAUCCUCUACAGCUAUCGCGUGUCAUCCUCUGUACCGCACAGCUACAGGGCGGGACCAUGCGCGCGAGCUAUGUACGGUGCACGCGCGUGACUGUUGUGAGGGUUGUGAUCACUGGGCGCGAUAUACCUACCGUACAGUAGUCGCGUGAGUGGUGAGUGGUGAGUGGUGAGUGGUGAGUACCAGCAAUCGUGAAUAUACCGCACCGGUAUCGCCAGCUGAUGCAUGCAGCCGAGGGUGCGCCAUACGUGCGCAGCAAGUCGUCAGUACCGGUACAGUAUGAGCAUCCCAUGCAGCAGGUUUGCGCCGCUGCUGCUGCUGCAGCUGCACAGCAAUUCAAGCGUGAUUCAGCUGAUCUAGCCUCAGCUCUCCACCUCCAUCCAUCCACCCUUGACGUGACUCGCCCAGCCACCUGCGCAGCAGGCACAAUCACACGAUCCCUUGCACCCGCCCUCACGCUCACACUCAUACUCACACUCACACUCACACCACCACUUCUCACACUUGCCCAUUGGAGGGGCUACGCUUCAGCAUUUCAAAGUUCCCCACACGCAACAUCGCGAGCGCGCACUCGACUCCCUUGGCUGCGCUCUCUCGCAUCUACUACCACUUGCUCAAUACAAAGUCAAGCUUGACCGCAGCUAGCAGUCAUGACAACGUUUUCAGCCUACGCCUCGCGAUUCCUGUCAAACGGCGGUGGUUUGUCCACCGGCGAUCCAUAUCAGCUCGCUCGAGCAGGUGGUGGACACGGCGCCGAAGCAUUCAUGGCCUCGGCGAGCAGCCAGUCUAGUCUCGAUGCUUCCACCAACUCUGACGGCUUGCCCGACGAGCAACACGGGUAUGCGUACGGCCCACGUCGAGCUGCUGGGAACGUUUCACAGGUCCUUCGAGGUGAGAGCGGAGCGUCGCUGAACCUGAUGGGCGCAAGUCGAUAUGGCCUCGCUAGCGCACACAUCCAGGGCGGCGCGAGGUCGAGCAAGCGACACGCACCGACUGGAGCAUCGCGCGGAGAUUUCUUGUCGGCCCACGACAUUGCCGAGGUGGAUGUGGAUCAGCGUCAAGAUGAAGAGGAGGAGGUGGAAGCAGAUGCAGCAGAGUGGCGCCGGCAUCAUCGUUUGCUACCCCACUUGAAUGACCGCCAAGCGCGGGUCGGGGGCUACGGUGAGGAGGAUGGAGAUACACCCAGCGCUUCUGUCAGUGCUUCGCGGAUAGCGGGCUUCCAGGGGUUCGACGAGGCCGACGAGGGGGAUCCCUUUCUAAGAGAAGAUGCAGUGCAGAAUGCGGAAGACAAAGGCGGAAAGAAGACGAACUCUUCGACUUCGACCAAGAAGCGACGCGACGUGCCAACCAAUCAGGCACACCACAGAGCUCGAGGUUGGCUUGCGCACGCCGAGUCCAGCAUCGCAGCGCCCCUCCACCACGCGGUCAGCAGCGUCCCGGACCCAAAAGGCUCCAGGCGAGUGCCUGCAUCGGCUCGCGCCUUAGGCAGAGGCUUGGCAGGAGAUGACAUUUAUCGCGAUCCAGACGAAGCCUCAUCCAGCACAUCGGCCGAUGAAGCCCCGCGCAGCUCGGGCUUCGAAAGGAGACCAUCAGGCCCCUUUGGCAGCAGUCACAGGGAGUCAUCGGCUGACGAUUCGUCCAGCGAUGCCCUCACUUCUUCGACUGUCUCUUCUCCCCAGAUCCGCAGUGGCGAGGCGAGGGAGUCCGAGCUGGAACGUCAAGGUCCGCAUGGACACAGUGUGGAGCACUCUUCCUUACGAGAGCCCCUGCUGUCUUCCGAAAUGGCAUCAUCUAGCCCGUCGGGAUCACUUCCUCUGCCUUUGCCUGGAGCGUUUAGAGGCUCUACGACGCGGCAAGUCGCGGCUGACAUCUAUGCUUAUCCACACCCACCUGCGAAGAGUGGCUGGACACCCUGGGCGACCGGAAACACAGCGCAGUGGAGAGAGUGGAAAGACAAGGGUGCACUGUUGGCUUGGGUACUUGUCAUGCUGUUCACUGUUGUCAUCGCGGGAGGCGCAGCAAUCGGCGCACCAGUGAGUAUCCGUAACGGCGCUUCAAAGGGCGAACGUGGAGCUGAAGCAGUGCUCCACCUGUGCUACCCCCACCUUUCGCGCAUCAGUCGGAGGGCUCAUCGUCAGGUUCACCCAACCGACCAUCGCCAUACUUCACCUUGACCCGCUCAGUACCAAUGCUUUUUCUGAUGGCCCUUCUUUCAGUCGGCGCAGCCGUAGCCAAUCUUUUCGCGCUUCGCCAGGUCGCUCGGAUCGGCGGGUCUCACUUUCUGAAAUCCGGCCUGGUGGGUAUUCCUCUGUGCUUAACACUCGGCUGGGCGUGGGCCUUCGCCGGCAGCUUCAUCUACGACGACGAGAAAUGGAGCGGUGGUGCUUGGAGCACGGUGGGGUGAGUGUCCGUUUGAGUUGCGAUGAAUUGAUACACUGCGGACGCUGACGGUACCAGUGCUUUGCUUGUGCUAGACUUCGCUUCCUUUCCUUGGUCCCGGUUCUUGCCGCUGUAUGCUUCGCGCGCGGAGUGUGGAAGCGUCGCUUUGCCCUCUCUCGCACUACAGCUGUCUUGGAGCUCUCUUCGCGCGUCGUCGCGUCCCAUCCGGCCUUGUUGAUACUCUCACUGGCGCAACUAGGCGUCUUUCUUCUUCUCAGCGUGCCCAUGAUCAGCAUCUUUGCACGUCUUUUCCUGAUCGGCCACUUUGGACGAUUGGGUAAGAGCGUCGCAGGCGUGGACAAGGUGUGGCACACUGAUGCGAGCGCAAAGUGGAUGGCUUGGACGACACUGGGUGCGUGGCUCUGGACAUGGGCAGCGCUACGAGGAGUCCAAAGAGUUACUGUUGCCGGUGUCGUUUCUCAUUGGUAUUUUCACCGCGAAGAGUCGGAAGAUGAGAGAGAGCAAGAUUCACAAAAUGACGUAUACUAUGACGAAGAAUCUAUACCCGGUCCAGCACCUGGUGAUUGGUUGGCAGCGCCGGGGUUCGCCGAUCCCGCCAAUCCACCGCCGCCCACGCAAGUCGACAUAGUUCGCGCAUCCUUUGCUCGCGCAACGGGCCCGGCUCUUGGAACUGUGCUCUUCGCAGCCCUUGUCCUCUCACUCGCACGCCUUGCGGCCUUGAUCGCUGCAACCGCUCGCAGUGCAUCUCGAAAGCUUGCAUACCCUCGUGUCCCCGCGCUUUUGAGCCCUCUAGCGCACGCUGCAGCUAUGCUCGCUGGGCUAUCGGCCGUGCUCAAAGGUGUCAGCGACUUUGCACUCGUCUACACCGGCAUCACUAACGAGCCUUUCUGGUCUUCUACCAGAAGAGCCGGCAGGGUUGCAAGGGGUGUCUCUGUGAAAGGGGUCAUGGAUGGUGAAUUUGCUAUGCGGAUCGGAUCUUCCGCUGAACACGUGACUGACGCUCACCUUCUGCACACUUCCCACAGGCCUGAUCAUCCAUCUCAUGCUGGAUCUCUUCACACUCUCCCUCUCGUUGCUCAGCGGUCUCGCGGGAUUUUUAUUCUCAGCACACAACCUCCAUGUGCCUGCCGACGCGCCCCUCGUUGGCCUUCUCUGCGCACUCGUCUCUUACUGGACGCUGAGACUCUGCGCCGACGUUGUCGGAAAUGCUGCAGACACGCUUUUCCUUUGUUUCGCCAUCGACGAAGCUGGGGGCGAGACGCACUGCAAGGCAGCGAAGGAAGCGUUUGAAAAGGCCGCCGAUCAGUUGGACACUGAAGGUGCUUUUCAAGCGUGA